AUGCCGCCCAAACCUAAAGCCACCUGGGACGAUGACAAAGACAGAUUGGUCUUAAAGCUUUUGUUAAAGCAAAUAAAAGCAGGGAAACGGUCUGAUAGCGGUUUCAAGAAGGAAGCUUGGGUUCAAAUAACUGCGGAGUUCAACUUGGUUUUUCCAACAUGCGAGAAGGAGCAAAUAAAAACCAGAGUUACAACGUUGAAGAGAAGACUUGAUGUUUUUCAAAGACUUUGUGAGAAUUCGGGCUUCGGUUGGGACUCGGAGAAGAAAAUUCCGACCGCACCAAAUGAUGUUUGGGAUAGCUAUUUGAAGUACCACAAAGAGGCAAAACCAUUUCGUUUCCAUACUCUUCCCCAUUACGACAUGCUAUAUGAGAUAUUUUCGAAAUCGGUAGCUACCGGUGAAUUCUCAUCCUCUACAGUACAACUUGAAGACAGUCAAACAUCUACUAGUACUACUAGUAUCCAGGAUAUUUCCAACCACGUUCUGUCAUCUCUACUAUCUGGAGAUAGUGCAACUUCCGACGAUGAGCUUACGGCUCAUAUUUCCCAAUUCACUGGCAGUUCAAGUUCUCCUAUUGAAGUUGCUGGAAUCACGAAAGACAGUAGACAGAAGCGAUACCGAGCGGUAACUGAAAGUCCGCCACUGGCACCAAAACUAAUUUCCAAAAAGAAACAUCGUACUGCGACUCAUGCGGCAGCUGAGAGUAUGCAGGAACUUGCAAAUGCUUUCAAAGAAGCAAAACAGAUACGCGCACCACCACCUAUUACGAAACUUGAGCAGGCAUUGGAAAUCAUGACAAAAUUUGUUGAGGAAGGUAUUUGGUCAGACGAUGAUUAUAUGGCUGCAUACAAUCAAAUGCUGAAGGAUGAAAGACACGCUAUAUUCUUUUGUACAUCACCGUUACAUAUUAGAGAAAGAUGGAUCAAGGGUAUCAGAGCCGAUGAGCCUGAGAGUCAUGGUAUAUAG